AUGAGCAGCGUCAAACCCCAGGCCUCCACGCUACCGCGUCAUUACCCUUCCCGCCCUCUCGAAAACCGCGAAAACGAAGAAUUGCUGCGCAGCAACUGCAGCGCCGAUACCAAGACGGAGCCAAACACGCACAUUUUCGCAUCGGGGGAACCAUGUCUCCCUCCGCCGGAGAUAAUCCGCGCGCAGACAUAA